UGCGAUCAUCAGUGUUCAACUGAAUCACAACUGCAGCAGCAAUGAGUGGACGUGGCAAAGGAGGAAAAGGACUCGGGAAAGGAGGCGCCAAGCGGCACCGUAAAGUCCUCCGUGAUAACAUCCAGGGAAUCACCAAGCCCGCUAUCCGCCGCCUGGCCCGCCGCGGUGGAGUCAAGCGUAUCUCGGGUCUCAUCUACGAGGAGACCCGCGGUGUGCUGAAGGUCUUCCUGGAGAACGUGAUCCGUGACGCCGUCACCUACACCGAGCACGCCAAGAGGAAGACGGUCACCGCCAUGGAUGUGGUGUACGCUCUCAAGAGGCAGGGCCGCACUCUCUACGGCUUCGGAGGCUAAAGCAGCAGCAGCUCAACCAACAAACCCAACGGCUCUUUUAAGAGCCACAUACAUUUCUUUAAGACGCCAUUCCUCUUUAAAUUGAGUUAA